GCUCUCCAUAUAUUGUUUUUUGCUGCUCACUAUAACCACCUUUUCUCUAAGCACUCGUUAGCAGCCAGUAAUCGCCUUCACAUCCAAAGGUCAAGCUAUGGCGGAGAAAGCAGUCACGAUCCGUACGCGGAAGUUCAUGACCAACCGUCUUUUAUCCAGGAAGCAAUUUAUCAUUGACGUUCUUCAUCCUGGAAGAGCUAAUGUUUCCAAGACAGAGCUUAAGGAGAAGCUUGCAAGGAUGUAUGAUGUGAAAGAUACAAAUGCUAUCUUUGUUUUCAAGUUCCGCACUCAUUUUGGAGGUGGAAAAUCAACUGGAUUUGGUUUGAUCUAUGAUUCACUUGAGAAUGCUAAAAAGUUUGAGCCUAAAUACAGGCUUAUCAGGAAUGGACUUGCAACCAAGGUUGAGAAGUCAAGGAAGCAAAUGAAGGAAAGGAAGAACAGAACUAAGAAAAUCCGAGGAGUUAAGAAGACCAAAGCUGGUGAUGCUGCCAAGGCUGGAAAGAAGAAGUGAUUUAUUUUUGUUAGUCUUUCCUUUUAUUAUGACCACCACCCCCGGAGAGGAAGAAGACAUCUUUUUUGUUUUGUUUUUGGUUUGAUUUCUAUAAUCAUACUAUGAAAUUUUAAUUCAAUCUGAGAUUUUUGGGUAUUGGAUAAUUCUAUAUUCUCAUUCAAUAUGUUGUUACCUUUU